UUUGUUAAUUUGACUUCCUAACCUAUAUUUUUCUCUACCGCCCAAUAACGAUCGGAUGGACCGUAUAGCCCCUAAACUUAAUCCCACCACUAUAUAUAAUAGGACCAAACCCUAAGAUCUAGCAAGAUGUCCCAUCCAUCAAAUCCUCCGCCGCCACCACUGUCUUUCUCCCACCUCGGGAUCCCCUUCCCACCAACCACACACCACCUCUCAAUCCCCACCUAGCCAACGAAAUCCGGCCUCAAAUCAGCCCUCCAUCUGCCAUUUGUGACCACCAGAUGGAGAUCCAACGGAUCCCACGCGUCUCCCGCAAACCACAGCUCCACCCGUCGCCCGCAGCCUCCUCGAUCCGAUCUGGAUCAGGAGAGGAGCUCCCAGGGCGCCCAAUCCAGGAGGCCUGGCCUCCCAUCGUUCGCCGGCGCCUCAACCGGACCGGGACCCUGUCGCCCUGCCCUUCUCCUUCCUCCCUUCAUCUCCUCCUCUCAUCUCCCUCGUUAUUCUCCUGCAACAGGUGCUCCUUGCGCCAUGGAUGCCGCCAUGGACACCGACCUUCUCCACCGCACCGUAAUGACCUCCCACUCCCGGCACCCCUUCCUCAACCGUGCCUGCAAAUCGCCUUCUCCCGGCCUCCUAAGGAGCUCGCCGCCACUUAUGGUCUCGUCUCCAGCCAGGACCAUCCAUCCCCGCCGUCCUCUUCUCGUGUCUCCGGCCUUGUCCCCGCCUCUAGGGCACCGUGCUGUGCCAUCGAAGACCAGCUGCUCCGUCCGCCGCCCAAACCUGCAACCCGUCCUCGUCGCCACCUCGACCGCCCCUCUCCUCCUCGAGCUCCUCAUCGGCGACGAGAGCCACCAGCAGGACCACCUUGGCCGCCGCCCGUUCGUCGCCCAUCGCCGGAGGCCGCCGUCCCCAUUGCCAGGUGAGGUCGCCUCCUCCUAGGCUUCUGCUACGAGCAGGAGGUCGACUUCCCCGCCUCGAGCCACGAUCGCGCUCGUUUGCGUGCGUUGACCGCGCCCAGGCCCAGCGCCUCGCCUCUGCUGCUGCCUGUGCCCCGCCUCCCACCGACCUGGGCCAUAGCCCAUGGUGAGAAAACCCCCCCAUCGCUCAUGUUCUGUUUCGGCCCAUAGGUUUUUUUCCUUUGUGCGAUUUUAUCAAUUAUCUAGGGAUUUGCAGUUUUGCAGAAUAGUCCCUAAGCUUCAUGCAUAUCAUAACUCACCAACCCUGCAUCAUAUGUAAAAACUUCAAAUAUGAAAAAUGCUUAGAAUCUUGUCUA